AUGUGCGAGCAGGCAGCGCGGUACUGCCGGGCCGGCGUGCAGAGGCUGCUGCUGCGCAAGGCUCCGCCGGCGCUGCGCGGGCUGGACGGACUGCUGCGCUGGGUGGGGAGCAGGAUGGGCGACAAGGGCCUCGCCGACAGGGACCUGCUGGCUCCGGGAGCCGCCGCGCAGAGGAAGGGCACCUCCGUCAUCCUCGAUAUUUUCAGAAGAGCUGACAAAAAUGAUGAUGGGAAGUUGUCCCUGGAGGAAUUCCAGGCCUUUUUCUCUGAUGGGAACCUCAGUGAAGAAGAACUUGAGAAGCUGUUUCAUACCAUUGACUCAGACAACACCAACAACGUGGACACCAAGGAGCUGUGCGAUUAUUUUGCUGACCACAUGGGAGACUACGAAGAUGUCUUGGCCUCACUGGAGACCCUGAACCUCUCCAUCCUGAAGGCCAUGGACUACACCAAACGGGUGUAUGAGAGUGGCAGCAACGUGGACCAGUUUGUCACCCGCUUCUUGCUGAAGGAGACAGCGAACCAGACCCAGUCACUGCUGAGCUCGGUGGAGAGUGCUGUGGAUGCCAUAGAUGAGCAAACCAACCCCACCAGGCACUGCCCUGGCAAGGUUGGCCACGGCCUGAUGGACACCUGGUAUGACAGUCCCGUGCCCAGCUAUUCUCCCACCAGCUGGAUGGUCUCUAGGGAGCAUGGGAAGAGCUUCCAGAGUGGUUCCCCUGACACCAAGGUAGAAGGACUGGAGGGGCAGAUCAACAGGCUGGCUGAGCUGAUCGGCAGGCUGGAGGACAAGACGGUGUGGUUUGACCUGCAUCAGCGGCUGUCGGACAGCGAGACCACGGCUCACACGUACCUCCUCCUGGUGCGGGACGAGAUGAAAGUGUCACACAAGCACCUGGGCGAGUUCUGCAGCUCCCUGAAGCAGUACCUGAAGAGCGUGGCUGGGGAGAGGGACUGCUUCCAUGUCACUGCGGUGAAGCUGCCUGAUGGGGUCACCUUCAUUGUCUAUGAGUUCUGGGAAACUGAGGAGGACUGGAAGAGGCAUCUGCAGAGUGCCACCUGCAAGGACUUCCAGCAUGUCAAGGUAGACACACUGAGCCAGCCUGAGGCCAUCUCCAGUGUGGCUGUGCCAGCUGCCUGGUGCACCCUGAGCCAAGAGUGA